AUGCCUUUAGCGUUUCGGCUCGCUGGGUUGGCGCUGUGUCGGCCUUCGAAACCUCUUAAUGUUCAGUGCAAGCGUUAUGCUUCUGUCAGCUUGAGUACUUCGGGUUUUCUUCGACGUUUACCCUGGCGUCGUCCAAUUUCACUCUGGAGAUUCGCAGAGAAACAGGACUCCAAAAGGCCUGACGUUAAACCGGCGUCAUCUAAUCCUAAAACCAGGAUUGAAUUCCAAUUCUCCUUUGGUAGCGGUAGUGGCGGCAGUCCCAAGGGAUCCCAGUCACCGAAUUCAUGGAAUAUUGGCCCUUGGAUUGUCGCAGGAAUCGUUGGAGUGGGUGUCGUGAUGGGCUACAACGCCUCGAGGUAUCAAAAGGUCUCCUGGAAGGAGUUUGCGGAAAACUUUCUGCAGACCGGUCGCGUUAACCACCUGGAGGUUGUGAACAAGGAGUGGGUACGUGUUUAUCUUCAGCCCCCGGGUGUCGGACGCGGUCGCGAUGGUGAGUCGAGCGAUGCUUAUGACAGUUCCCUCGCACUCUCUACUCCCUCCACCAGUUCAAACGAGUCCAUCUACUGGUUUGAGAUUGGUGCUGUCGACACCUUCGAACGAAGUCUUCGUGAGCUUGAGGCCAACCUUGGUGUGGAUCCCAUCAAUCGCGUUCCUAUCAAUUACAAGACACAAUUCAAACCAUCGGACUUCCUCUAUAUGGCAUUUUACGCAGCUUUGAUUGGUGCGGCAGUCUAUUCCUUCCGUUCCACUUCUGGUGGUGUUGUUCGCAAACCCGGAAUGGGUUCGAGUCUCUUCAACUUUGGACAGUCCCCUGUCCGGCUGAUUGAGAAGGACAAAAUUGGCGUGAGUUUCUCCGACGUCGCGGGUUGUGAGGAGGCCAAACUGGAAAUAAUUGAAUUUGUCAAUUUCCUCAAGAAUCCCGGUCGCUACGAGGCACUUGGCGCCAAAAUUCCUCGUGGAGCUAUUCUUAAGGGUCCUCCCGGGACAGGCAAGACGCUGUUGGCCAAGGCGACGGCGGGCGAGGCCAACGUCCCCUUCCUUUCGGUGUCAGGGAGUGAAUUUCUCGAGAUGUUUGUUGGUGUCGGUCCGAAGCGCGUGCGCGACAUGUUCAGUCAGGCACGCUCCAAGGCACCUUGCAUUCUGUUUAUCGACGAAAUUGAUGCUAUUGGUGGCAAGCGCUCUGGCUCCUCCUUUGGUCAUCAGGAACGGGAGAACACACUGAAUCAGCUCCUUGUCGAAAUGGACGGGUUUACAACUCAAGAAAACGUUGUGGUGCUAGCUGCCACCAACCGAAUUGACAUUCUCGAUCCUGCGUUGCUGCGACCGGGUCGUUUCGAUCGUCAAAUCUACGUCUCCCUUCCAGAUAUUAAGGGACGUGCUUCUAUCUUCAAGGUUCACUUGAAGCCGCUGAAGUCGAAGCUGGACAAAGUGGAGGUGGCGCGUCGCAUGGCGGCCCGCACACCGGGCUUCUCGGGCGCGGACAUCGCGAGUGUUUGCAACGAGGCCGCCCUUAUCGCGGCUCGUGAGGAUGCGAAAUCGGUUGACCUCAGCCACUUUGACGCCGCCAUCGAUCGGGUCAUUGCGGGACUGGAGAAGAAGAGUCAGGUGCUGCAGCCGGACGAGAAGAAGACGGUGGCCUACCACGAGGCAGGGCACGCGACAGUGGGGUGGUUCCUGGAGCACUGCAACCCUCUUCUUAAGAUCUCCAUUAUCCCUCGGGGGAAGGCGCUGGGCUACACGCAGUACCAGCCACGCGACGCAUACCUUCACACUCAGGCUCAGAUGCUCGACGAGAUGUGUCUUGCCCUUGGCGGCCGUGCCAGCGAACAGGUCUUCUUCGGCAAGGUCGGCUCCGGUGCUAUGGACGACCUCCAACGCGUUACUCGCUCCGCCUACGCUCAGGUUGUUCAACUGGGUUUCUCUCCAAAAGUCGGAAACCUCUCCUUCGAUCUACCUCAACAGGGUGAGCCAGUUAUGACCAAGCCCUACUCGGAGCACACUGCUCAAAUAAUCGACGAGGAGGUGCGGGACCUGGUUGCUAGGGCCUAUGACCGGACCCUCAAGCUUGUUGAAGAGCAUAAAGGUCACAUUGAGGCGUUGGCGCUUCGACUUUUGGAGAAGGAGCAGCUUCAGAAGGAAGAUUUAGUGGAAAUUCUUGGUCCACGACCCUUCCAGGAGAAAAGUACCUAUGAGGAACUUGUUGGGUCUGGUCCACUUGAUGAAGACACUGAUCUUCCACCUGGGCUUAAGGAUUGGAAUAAGGAACCUGACCCUCAGCCUGAUACUUGA